AUGAAGCCCGGUGUGCGUCCGUCUGUGGCGUGCAGAGCUCGGUCGCAUUCCCUGAUCCCAGGGCGUGUGCUGGAGCUGUGGCUGUGCGAGCUGUGGCUUCUGCUGCUGGGCUCUGGUUUGAAUGCCAGCCUUCUGCCGCACGAAGAGGAUGUAGACUUUAUCAAUGAGUAUGUCAAUCUCCAUAAUGAGCUCCGAGGCCACGUCUUCCCCAGAGGGGCUAACCUGCGCUUCAUGACUUGGGAUGUAGCUCUGUCGCGUACUGCUAGAGCCUGGGGGAAGAAAUGUAUGUACCAGCGGAAUACUCAUUUAGAUACGGUGCAUGAGUCCCACCCUGUAUUUAAUGGUAUUGGUGAAAACAUGUGGGUUGGUCCUGAAAAUGAAUUUACUGCAAGUAUUGCUAUCAGAAGUUGGCAUGAACAAAGGAAAAGUUAUAAUUUUGAAAAUGACACUUGCAUUGAAGCUGAGGACUGUUCUCAUUAUAUACAGCUCGUUUGGGACAACUCCUACAAAGUUGGUUGUGCUGUUACGCCAUGUACAAGAAUUGGAAGUGUCCAUUAUGCAGCACUUUUCAUAUGCAACUAUGCACCAGGAGGAACAUUGACAAGGAGGCCUUACCAAGCAGGGCAGUUUUGUACUCGGUGUGGUUCUUGGGACAGAUGCACAGACUUCCUAUGCAGUAAUGUAGAUCGUGACCAAGCUACAUAUUACCAAUUCUGGUACCCACCUUGGGAAAAGCCCCGCCCACUUGUGUGUGCUCCGCUGUGCAUAUUUAUCCUUUUACUGAGAGCAGCAUGUUUUGUGCUGUGUAUCGUCUUCGUUUUAAUAAUACAGUCUCGAUUUCCAGAUAUUUUAAAGGAAAAUCAGUUGCUAUUUGAGAGUAAAAGAUUUUCAAGACAGGAGGAAACAAAAACUGAGGAUGAAGAGAUGGUGGUGGAUGAGGAAGGAGAGGAAGAAGACAAAGAAGAGGAAGAAGAUAACACAAUAUAA